CGCGCGUGUUGUGUGUUGUAACUGUGCGCGUGGGUGAGCGCUCUGUAUUAUACUAGCGCGUCUCUCACACAGAGACACUGGGACAGCUCUGGAUCGCAGACCUGAGGAAAGGAGAACAUCUAUCUUAUAUCUUAUGCUUGAGGACGGAAUACUCGCUGCGAAAAAGAGACACGUUUCAUCUGGUCGCAUUUUGCCGCUGUAACGUUUGACUCCUACCUGGAUUGCCUACUAACUGUGACUAAAGAGGCCACCAUGAGCCAGGAGGGGCAGGAUGACCCCCUCCACAUAGACACCCCACCUCCAAACACACCGCCAGAGCCACAGCAGGAUACAGACAGCCCUGAGACUGUAAGUGUGGAAAAAGAGAACGAGGAGACUGGAAUUCAGGAGGAUGCUGCAGAGAACAGGGAUGCAGGAGAGACAGAAACAUUGUCAGAGGGAACAAGGCCAGAUGAGAGAAAUGAGGAUACACUGACUAAUGGAGCUGAGGAAGAGGAGAGGAGAAAAGAGGAAGAGCAGGUCAAAGAUGAUGCUGGGAAGAAUGGGGACACGGAACACAGCAAUGGAGAUAUCGUUGAGUGUGAGGGCUGUGAUGACCCCCUGCCUCAGUUAGAGGAUUCAGCAGAACCACAGCACACAGUAAGUUUGGAGAACGGUACCGGAGAGGACAGCGAAGGACAGGAGGAAGGGCAAGAUUGUGAUAAAGAGCCAGGGCAGGGGAACCUGGACACAUUCAGUUCCACCUUCGAGCUUUCAGUCGAAGAGGCAGACGGGGAGGUAGAGGGAGAAAAUGAGCCACUGAACCAGGACAGCUUCAGCUCAGCAUUUGAGCGCAUUGUUGAGCAGGUUGGCGAGUCCAUAACAGUCGAGGAAGAGGAGGAGGAGGAGGACGGUGAGGACGAGCGCGACAGGACUAAGGAGAGCCAGGACGGCUUCAGCUCUACGUUCGAGCGCAUCGUGGAGUCGGAGCUGCUGAGGGGCGGGACCUGCUACAGCAGCCUGGACUCGCUGGACGUGCUGUCUCUUACGGACGAGACGGACAGCUGCGUGAGCUUCGAGGCGCCGCUCACGCCACUCAUCCAGCAGAGGGCGCUGGCGGGGCCUGAGCCCCCGGAGCUGGAGCUGGAGACUGUGCAGGAGAGCGCUGAGACGCAGGAGGGGGAGGGAGAUGGGGACGAAGCCGGAUCAGACAGUCCCCUCCACACCUCCAUCCCAGGCAGCAGGUCUGAAAAUGUGCUGAGCCAGCCAGCGCAGUGGAGCAUUCCCAAUGGAUUCCACAAUGAUCUGGCAGGCAACAUACAAAAGACAGCAAUCCUCCCCAGCUCUGUCAGUGAUGCCAAUCUCACAGAUGGCCUGUGCGACUCUGACUCUGAACUGGGCAGCCUGGAGACCUUGGAGAGGGGCAGCACGGAUACCCUCGCCAAUGGUUGCCGUGCCGACGCAGAGGCUGCCAAGCGACUGGCUAAGCGGCUGUUCUACCUGGAGGGCUUCAAACGGUGUGACGUGGCACGACACCUGGGAAAGAAUAAUGAAUUCAGCCAGAUGGUGGCAUCGGAGUAUCUGAGCUUCUUCGACUUCACAGGGUUGUCCUUAGACAGAGCGCUAAGGAACUUCCUGAAGGCAUUUCCUCUGAUGGGAGAGACGCAGGAGCGAGAGCGAGUCCUGGUGCACUUUUCCAAACGCUUCUGUCACUGUAAUCCAGAAGCCCUCACCUCUGAAGAUGGAGCCCAUACACUGACCUGUGCUCUUAUGCUUCUGAAUACAGACCUGCAUGGCCAUAACAUCGGGAAGAAGAUGUCCUGCCAGCAGUUCAUUAGCAAUCUGGAUGGUCUGAAUGAUGGAAAAGAUUUUCCCAAAGAAUUACUCAAGGUGCUGUAUAAUUCAAUAAAGAAUGAAAAGCUAGAAUGGGCCAUUGAGGAAGAGGAAUUGAGGAAGAGUCUGUCCGAGCUGGUUGAGGACCAGUGUGAGGCAGGGAGCAAGCGGGUUGUUAGGGUAACGGAUGGUAGUAACCCUUUUAUCGCCAUCCCGCUCCUGCUCAAUGCUGCCACAUACAAACAUGGAAUCCUGACCCGUAAGAGCCAUGCAGAUAUGGACGGCAAACGCACCCCGAGAGGACGGCGAGGCUGGAAGAAAUUCUAUGCUGUGCUGAAGGGCAUGAUCCUCUACCUGCAGAAAGAUGAGUAUAAACCUGAUAAGGACCUGUCUGAAGUGGACCUGAAAAACGCAGUGCGUGUGCACCAUGCUUUGGCCACCAGGGCCUGCGACUACAGCAAGAGACCCAACGUUCUCAAGCUCAAAACUUCAGACUGGAGAGUCUUCCUCUUCCAGGCACCGAGUGAGGAGGAGAUGAUGUCAUGGAUCUUCAGGAUCAAUUUGGUGGCUGCUCUGUUCUCUGCUCCUGCAUUUCCUGCUGCCAUAGGUUCCAUGAAAAAAUUCUGCAGACCUCUGCUACCAUCAUCUACAACCAGGCUCAAUCAGGAGGAGCAAUUGAAGUGUCAUGAGAGCAAGCUGAAGCAGAUCUCCUUAGAGGUGGAGGAGCACAAAAGGAAUCCACCAGAGCUCACGCCCAAGAGCAAAGAGUCAGAGGAGUACCGCAUCAAAGAACACUACCUUACCUAUGAGAAAAGCCGUUAUGAGACGUACGUCAACCUUCUGCAGGCCAAGUUGCGCGUGGGGAGUGAUGACCUGGAUAAAAUCGAGGCCAGUGUCUUCAGUGGAGACAGCAGAGACAGCCACAUGCGCAAAACCCAGUCCAGUCCCUCCAUCAGCCAUGCUCACGGACUCAACGGACGAGCCGCUCACAAACACACCUCAGACAGCUCUAUCUGAACGCUCAUCGCAGGGUCCCUGAACUUUGACCUCUGUCUGAGACACAGUUGAGAUGGCAGUGGACGACUGAGAUGGUCUGAGACUUUGAAAAAGGAGAGACACAUGAACGUAGCAUUAAAAUGUCCUUAUUAUUUCAAUGCACAGUAAAUUAGGAUUAUUGUAAGUAUUAUUAGUAUUAUUAUGACAACAGUUUUAAUACCGAAGUGAACGUCGUGCCAAAAAGGAAAUACAGAAGUAAAAGGAGACCGAGACUGUAUUGGAGGAGCGUGUUUACAUCACAUGACUGCAGUCGAUUUUGACAGCACAUGGCAGUUUCUUGUGAUGGUUAAUGAGAUGCACUAUGAUCACAAGGCUGAUUUUACUGUGAUGUCUGGAGAACAUUUACUGCAGCGUCAUGGGGCACCUUUCCUGAUGUCAGUAUGAAAUAACUGUGACAUCAUUGCUUGUUUCUGGAGUGUAUUCUUUACAAGGUGGAGACUUAAAGUGAUGGCGUGAUGCCACAUUUCAGUGAUGAAGCCAUAACACAUUUAUGGUGACAUCUCAGUGUUUGACUAGUCCAUACGUAGAAUUGGCUUCCUGACUGAUUUUUUUUUGCGUGACAUGUAGCAUUUGGCUUAUUCGCGAGGCCUUUUCGAUGUCUCAGCCUCAGUAGCUGUUUUAAGGGCUCUGUUACAUGCUGAGGUGUUUGUUCAGAUUCAUAUGAGCUGUCUACAGUAUGAUGCAAAUGUCCCCAUUAUUUAUUAUGUCAUAUUUAUUUAUUGUAAAGUUUCUUUUCUGAGCCGUCACAAUGGACUCAGGCACUUGUAAUGUUGAAAGCAAUUUAUCUCAGUUGAUUCUAUAUAUAAUCUCAGUUCUUUUCAAUGGAGCUACCUGCUUGGGGUGGCAGAGAACCCAGUAUGAGGUUCUUUUUCACAGUAUCAUAAAAGAAGACAGGGUAUGUGAUGGAAAAUAGGAAGAGAAAGAAUUGGAAUGUGUGUAUGUAUGUAAGUAUGUAUGUAUGUAUGUAUGUAUGUGCAUGUUUGUGCGUAACAGUGAGAGAAAGAGGGGAAAAGAAAACCGACUGAAAGUGAGUUAAAGGAAUGCUGCAGUGUUUAACCUAAUCUCUGUCUAAUGCAUCUGUAGCAUAUAUAUACUUACCACAGACAAGAGUUUCAACAUGUUUUCCUGUAUUGCGGCUCAGUGGCUAAGGCUUUGGGCUACUGAUCAGAAGAUUGUGAAUUCAAAUCAUCACACAGCAUCACACCAGCAGCGACGCUAUGCAACAAAGUGACUCAUUAAGUCAUUAAUUUCCAAUGAGAGCUGGCAAAUUACCAUUAGUGACACAAAGUGGAGGGGCGAGUGAAGCAACAAAGUUUAUGUAAAUGAGAAGCAAAGCAAUAUUGGUGACUACCAAUGGGUAGUUUUUGGUUCCAACAUAUAUGUUUUUACUCACGGCUUCUGAGCCAGGUCGUGAUGCUUGCUGUGUUGCUACAGGGCUGAAGUGUUUCAUUCACCCAAUAUAGAACAGCGCCAGUGUUUUUGCCAUUCUGUUUCAGCACAUCGAACCAUUAAAGGCUGUCAAAUAGUCGGCAGAAACCACGAAAAGCAAAACAUUUGAGGCUCCUUCUGACACUAGUAGACAGUGAUGCACUGAUUGCACUGCACAAAUGCAUUUUGUGCAGGAGCAUUUCUCUCCAGAAGACGUCUGAUUUGUCGUCAAAUGAGAGGAUUUUGUGUACAUGCUGUAGCUAGCGUGUACAGAUAUCAGCCUUUGUGUGCUAUACCAGUGAAAUCGUGGUAUCCCUCAGUAAAACUACUGAUCACUAAGUUGAUUAAAAAUCAGUAAACUAAAGAUUAGUAAACUCAGAUCACAUGUAAGUGACCAGUGUAGAGUAAUUUGAGGCAAAAAAAAAAUCGCUGACAGCAGAUGACACCAGCUUGAGAGAGGUCUUACUAAACUCUUACUAAAGCUGUUCUUAUAGACAUUACCCAAGUGGAGCGAUACAGUAAUUCCAGUUACAGAUGCUUUCCCUGUCAGGUUUUGUGGCAUUCAUGUGCUCUGUCAAUGCUGGUAACCCCAGAUACUUCUUUCUGAAUAAAAUAGUCUAACAGAUGAAUUAAACAGCUAAAUUUACAAAUAUCAUUGACUACUGAUCAUAAUGAAAAAUGUUCUACAAAAAUAUAUGUUUUGCAUAAAUGACUAAUGACAUUAAUGACUGCCCCAACAUCUGCCCUUCAGUCAUUUUCGAUUAAUUUCUUUUGAGUCAUUGGGGUUUCUGUUCUUUUCUUGGUAAAUUUCUUGACCGUGGUAUUUACACAUAUGCUACAGAUACAGUAGAUGGAGAGUAUAAUAAAAAAAAAAAAAAAACACUGGAGUAUUCCUUUAAGAGCUAUGUCAAAGUACAACAGUGAAGACGAUUUCCAUAUGCUUGAAAGUGACACGGGAGUCGUUGUCUUAUCACAGCGGACCAAAAGAAGCCUUCCCAACAAACAUGAAUAGAGCCUGAAGCAGCAGGACUGCAAAUUCAGACAAAGAUAUCUACUCAUAUCUACAUCACGCACUGUAGCCUAAUGGACUAAAUGAUACACAUCUGUUCAAAUGCAUUAUUAUGCUGUAAAUCAGUACCGUGAACAUGGGAUCAACGUUAUGUUUGCGGAAGAGGACUGCUAAUGGCACUAUGUCUACGCUUUGCUCUUCAGCAGCAGCACAGUCAACCCCCGGUGUCUCCACCCAUGGCCAUGGUACGGACUUUGUGUGUUCGAGCAAGUGCAAGUAGAUUUUUCUAGUGCAGUUUUGACGCAUGAUGACAGUGAGAGUGAGAAAAUGAGCUUGCGGCUCUUGCACUGCUAUAUAUGAAAUAACAUAAAGAGCUGCAAUUUUAUACACUCUUUAGUAACUGCUUUCAUAAACUGACUUCCCUAUACUUGUCGCUUUGGCUGUUGUGCUAACUAUGAUUUUCCCCAAUGUUUAGGGUAGAACACAAAUGCUGUUGUAAUAAAAAAAAGAUUGUGAUGAUUAUUUUAUAA